AAUUUGAAAGAUGAAACCACGAAUGUGAAGCCUACAUAUACAUGUUUAUAAGCGCAUGUAGCAACAGUAGUACUGCAACGUGCAGCACCAUUAAAGAAUGUCGAACUUGAGCUUUCUCAAUUUCCAGUAUGGAAUUUCAAUCAAGCCCUCAGCAAAACAAGCCCAGUCGAGCAUCUCCAAGGAGAGACAAUGCUCCAACACGUCGACGUGUUUACAGCUAAAUGUGGAGGAGAUGAGACGGGUGUUCGAUAAAUUUGACUCCAACAAAGAUGGGAAACUCUCGAAGGAGGAAUUCAAGUUAGCACAAAGGGUACUACUGGAUGGAGGAACUGUUCCUGAAACUGAGACGGCUAAGGAAUUUCAGAUGAUCGAUUCUGAUGGAGAUGGGUUCAUUGAUUUCAAGGAGUUCAUGGAGAUAUUCAACAUUGGAGGUGGGGUAAAUGCAUCUGACAUUCAAAGUGCUUUUCGGGUGUAUGAUUUGGAUGGAGAUGGUAGAAUAAGUGCUGAGGAAUUGUUACAGAUUCUGAAAAAGUUAGGAGAGGUUUGCAGCCUGCAGGCUUGCCGGAAAAUGGUGAAAGCAGUAGACACCGAUGGGGAUGGUUUUGUUGACAUAAAUGAAUUUAUGAGCAUGAUGGCAGGCGUCAAGAAACGGCCAUGAAUGUUUUCACUUUGAACUCUAGUCUUCUAGUACUUGAACUUGUGUGGAUGUAAUAUUAGCUUUCCAGAAUCUGAACAGGAUUAAUUGAAAUGAGAUGAUCAAGUAAGAAAAUAAAAAUGCCUAGUGUAUGUGCAUGGGAUCCAUUAAUUUCUAUUA